UCUGUAACCGACUUAUCCAAAUGAAAAAACUCCCGUUCCUGUCGCAAGGAGACCAGUCCGUGUUUUUGCAAAGCCUCUAUCUUUUUUUAAAGCUACUUCAGCCUCAAAGCUCUGAAAAACCCAGUAACGUUAGCCUACCGAAAGGCAUCCAGGAGCAGAGAUUUUCUGUGAGAAACCACCAUCCGUAUGUGAGCUGCUCCACUAACGGGAGAACCGAUGUGAUGGCGGGCAGCGCGGACGAAUCGUGGAUUUCUGCCUGACAGGCACCAGAAUCUUCUGUCGGAUUAGUUCAUUUACUUAUUUAUGGGGGAUUUGUAUUUACCUGCUAGAAAAUGCCUUUUGCCAAACGGAUCGCUGAACCCCAGCUGCUGUGCAGACACCCCAUCCCUAACGAUGAAGGGUUACUAUUCGAGGAUCUGUGCUCCAUCAGCAAUGUGGCUCUAUCCCGGACCCUGCGGCAGCUCUCCGACUUGGCUAAACACGCCUGUUCCUUAUUUCAGGAGCUCGAGAACGAGAUCGUCUCCACAAAUCAACGGGUUUGGGCUCUGCAGAACAAAAUAGGCAAAAUCCAGCAAACCGCUGGUGCGCUGGAUCCAAAACUGGAGGCUGUGCGUUUCAGGAGAAAAAUCUGUAUGGCUGUAUCCAAUCUGGACGUUGAGAGUAAAUUGACUUCCCACUAUCAGGCUCCAUGGCAUCAGCAGCACAAUUUGUUUCACCCUUGUACACGGCCACCAUGCUUGGAGGAGUUACACCGACAUACCAAGUUCAACCUGCGGGCGCUGCAAAGAGACCAGCAGCAGCGCCAGCGUUCAACCAGCAGAGAACGUGGUCGGGUUACCAUAUCUAUAUCUGUGGCUCCGCCCAUGCCAUCCCUCCCUUCAACUCAAAAACUCAGAAGGCGCGAGCAGAGGGGCCGACACUCACGUCUGGAGAGGAGCAUUAGGGAAAAUGAUGUGCAAACUAUCCAGAGGAAGGAGAGGACAGUCAAGGAGGCUGAAUUUAAGCCAGUCCUCAGAAAGGCUGGUACCAACACAGAAACAGAUGGAGAAAUUCCAGCGUUAAGCCACAGGCCCAAAUGCCCUGUUCCCAAUGUCCCUACAACCUUGGACAAACAGACCAACUGGUGCAAGGCUCUCCCUCUACCCACACCAGAAGAUAGAAUUAAGAAUGAGUCUCAAGUGAUUUCAUCCUGCAUAAUUCCCAUUAAUGUAACAGGUGUUGGAUUUGACAGAGAUGCCAGUGCACGCUGCUCUCUUGUUCACUCACAGUCUGUUCUACAAAGGAGAAGGAAACUAAGGAGGCGAAAAACGAUCACUGGUAUCCCAAAACGAGUACAACAGGACAUGGAUUCUGAUGAAUCACCUGUGGCAAGAGAGAGAACAGUGAUUAUUCAUGCCAACCCACACAAGUCACUGUGGCAUGAGGAUCUAUCCCUGAGUGGCCGAGUUUUGCACACCAGGGACUCUGGCUGCCAGACAGAUGACUUCCUGAUUGCUGCUCCAUCUCGGAGGCGUAUCCGUGCUCAAAGAGGUCAAGGAAUUCCAGCUUCUCUUUCACACUCCACAGGGAACAUCACAUCCCUGCCAGAUCGCUCUGAUACCGUAUAUGCAGCGGCAUCAGCUACACGUGUCCGUUCUAGAAGUUUACCUCGUGAGGGUGGCAGGCUUCUGGAUGAGGACCAAGAUGAUAGUGAUGAGGAUGAAGAGGAAGAUGAGGAGCUCUCGCCUUACGAGACAGAGGACUUCCUGCAUGGUUCAGGACAGAGAAUUUUAAAGGAUGAAGAGGAGAGUACUGAUGAUCAGGCCAUGCCAGAGCUUCAGUUUGGGAGUCUCAAGCAUAUGCAGCAGUCUGAUAGCCCUGACCACACAUGGAUCGAGAGAGGCAGAUCUAGGCUGCCACGCAAAGUUGACCUGGGGAGCUGUGAGAUUUCCUCCAGCUCUGAUACUUUUAGCAGCCCCAUUCACUCUGCCUCUACAACAGGAGUGCUUGGCAGCCAGAUUGACCAUAAAGAGGACCACCAGUCCUCAAGUGGCAACUGGAGUGGAAGCAGCUCCACAUGCCCAUCGCAGACUUCUGAGACUAUUCCACCUGCGUCCUCACCUCCCCUGACUGGAUCUUCACACUGUGAUUCAGAACUUUCCCUCAAUACUGGGUCCCAUGUCAUUGAUGACACUACUGGCUUUAUAAUUGACCCCUAUCACGUAGACAAGCCACAAGGACAGGGCCACAGAUCCAAUUCUUUUACCUCAUCUGCCACUGAUCAGAUGGAUGAUGCAGGGGUCAGUACUGCUAGUGAUGGUGAGUGGAACUGCACCCAGGACCAGCAAGAUCAACUGUGCCCCCAAGACUUCAGCCCAAAGCAUUCCAGAGAGGAUGAGAGUGGUGUCAGCUGUCCCAGUUAUUCCAGUGGAGAAACUUAUGAGAGCUUCAACGAACAACCAUGCACUGGAAAAUCAGAGUCGCACUAUAUUGUCGACACUGAGGGAUUUUAUUCCUCCAUGCACUUUGAUUGUGGUCCUAAGGGUAGCAGAAGCUACUACAACUAUGCAGCCAUUGACCCCGACUGUGGCCCAAGUGGGAACAUAGCACCUGGCAUGGGGGAAUACCCUCAGUCAGAAUAUAGAGCGACCAGAACAUUGGGGAGAACAUGUCUCUCCUUAAGAAAACCAAAGGCCAAGCCACCCCCACCAAAACGUAGCUCUUCAUUAAAGGAAACAAGUAGUGGUGUGAACGUUCUAGAGCAGAACGAACCAAAGAUUACUAGCGAGCUACCACUGCCCUUGUCUUCCAGGGAGAUGAAACUGCAGCUGGACUUGGCUGGUUCUGCAGGGCACCUUGAGGCUGCAGGUCUUGAGUCACUUGGCGCAUGGGGAGUGGACAAUGUUAGGGACAUUCUUGACUGCUCCUCUCCGUUCAACUCCUCUGACACACAUUCCUUCAAGGAUGAUGGUGCUGUGCAAGCAGACUAUGCAGACCUCUGGCUCCACAAUGACUUGAAAUCGAAUGACCCUCACAGAUCUUUGUCCAACUCUAGCGCGGGUACAACUGUUAUUGAAUGCAUCAAGUCACCAGAAAGUGCAGAAAUACAAGCCUGUCAACCCAGACCUGCUUCUCCGACUCUUCCUCCACCUGAGGGUGACAUCAAGCUGGGUUCCCCUGAAAAGCUGGCAGGCUUAGCAUCCCCUUCCAGUGGAUAUUCCAGCCAAUCCGAGACACCUACAUCUUCCUUUCCCUCCGCUUUCUUCCCUGGGCCUCUUUCCCCAAACAGUGGGAAGAGGAAACCCAAAGUCCCUGAAAGGAAGUCUUCGCUUUGUUCCUUGCAACAGCCACAGCUUUCAGUCAGAGACCCAGGUGUCUUCUUUAGGAGGGAAAAUGACUUCCAUCCUCCCCCUAGUCACCUCGACCUAAGUGCUCUUCACAGCAAACAUUUCACUCACAGAAAUCAGAUGCACAUCCUUCACCAGAAUAAGCAGAAAGCUGCAAUAGCUGCAGCUGCGGCUGCAGAAGCUCGAUCUGCAGCUGCGGCUGCGGCUGCAGAAGCCCGAUCUGCAGCUGCAGCUGCUGAAGCCCAAACUGCAGCUGUGGAAGCUCUCGCUGCUGCAGAAUCUCACACCACUGCCACAGCAUCAACUAUAGAGAGUGCACCAUGCCCAGCCUCCACUUCAGCCCAUUUGGCCAUCACUCCAACAGCUCUUAGAUCAGUGCAACUGCGAUCAAUUUGUAGACCACCUGAAGGGAACCCAGGGUAUGAUCUAACCAACGUAAAUGCAGUUACACACCCCAAGUGUCCAACAGUGAUAAGUGAUGCACUGUCCUCUGGCAACAGGCACAAAAGGAAACCACCAGCAUACAAACCCCCAGCAUCACAGAUCUGUGAGUCCCAGGUUCCACUGGUGGAAAAUGUUGAUGAGGUGAUAAGAGUGAGACAGGAGAGGAUUGGUCCCGGUACAUACUGGGCAAUGACUGCUUUCAGAAAACCUGUACUUGAAAAAGAUGACUUUGCAACAAGAUCAUCUCAGAGUACUGGGAUGCACAGCUCGCAGCCAGAAAAAGAUAGCAGAAGGUACACGGAUAAGCAACUGGCAUUAUCUCCAGAGAGACCUAAACAUGAACUAAGUCAAACUUCACGGCCAGACCUUUCAGCAGAGCCCAUGUGUCUGGCUAGCACCAUGCCACCCCCAGCUUACAGUGAAAUCCAGAGAAGCAAUUUUUUACUGUGCAACAGUCCUGAAAAAGUGCCUGUUUCAACUCAAGAGGCAUCGCACACUUACUCAAUCAGCGAUGUGCUAGGCAGAGAGGAGGAUUAUGGGAUUAUAUCAGGUGUUGCAACCAGAAGUGCCUCACAGGACAUAAGAGAGGAAGAGUCAACCCCGGACACAGAGGACUACUUCAGCAAGGAAUCAACUCCCAGUGACAAUUCAAGCUCUCCUUUGACUGAUGACUCAAAAACUGAUGAUGAUAGUGUUUUCUUAUCACCCAACAAACUACGCACAACUGAAGACCUGUUUGCAAUGAUACACAGAUCUAAAAGGAAAGUGCUUGGACGCAAAGAUUCGGGGGAGCUGAGUGUAAAAGGUCGGCCUGGUGUAGUGCCUGCAACACCCCCUGUCACCAAUCCUACUGUAUGCCCGGUUACACCUGCAGCCACAGCCUCCCCAAACAUCUCCCAGCGAGCCUCAGGACCCAUCUACAGGAGUGCCAAAAAGUCCAGCACAUCCAGUGAGGAGUUUAAACUCCUGCUGCUAAAGAAGGGUAGUCGCUCAGACACAAGUUACCGUAUGUCUGCAACAGAGAUUCUUAAAAGCCCCAUCACACCCAAAACCCAAGGAGACCCAUUAUUAGAUGCUGCAAUGCAACCAGAGGAGCCCUCCUCAACCCUACAGGGUUCCUCUAGCAGUGUUGAUUCACUUCCAAGUCCGUUUCCUAAGGCCAACAGUGAAGGUUUCUCCCCAAAAACAAUGACCAUGUCUGCAGCCUCCAGGCAGGGACGUUCCAGAAUUCCACCUGCGGCAAACAGCAGCCGCUAUAGUACACGGAGUCGGCUUUACACAGCCCCAAUGCAGGCCAUAUCGGAAGGAGAAACCGAAAACUCGGAUGGUAGUCCUCAUGAUGACCGCUCUUCUUAGUGACAUAUUUUGCUAAUUCUUUGAUGACAUUUGGGAGUGCUGUACACAUAUGGUCUACCUUAGUUUUUCCUUUAAAAUAUUUGUUGUAUUGAAAAGACAUGGUUGAUUUCGUUAAGCUCCUUUUGUACUCUAUAGGUCAAGUGAAGACUUGGAAAGCGAAUUGUUUGUGGAUUGUUGAUGUUUUGUCAUCGUUCACAAAUUGAUUUAUUUUCAUCACAAAUACAUUUUUUGUGAGAUUGGUUACAAAAUUAGGUAAAAUUUAAUGUAUGACUGUAACAAGAUACUAAAAAGUGUUCACUUUUAAAAAUAUACAUAUAUAUAUUUUAUAAAAAACACUAUUUCCAUUAUCCAAGGUGCAGAACAGUAUAGUUUACAGACAAGAAUAUGUGGAUAUAAAGGCAUACCGAGGACAAUCGCACUAUGGCAUCUUAAGUGAAGGUGUCCAAGCAUGCUAAGAACAAGACUAAGAAAGCCAUGGAUUAAAUGACCAUGAGUUUAGUUGUGGACUGGUGGGUAAAACCUUAAGGGCCAGUUUCCCGGACAAGGUUUAGGUUAAUCCAGGAUUUGCCUUUGUUACUGUAUAUUAGGACAUUUAAGGAACAUACCUUACAAAGUAACAAUACUGGCGUGCAUCUUGAGACAAAACAAUGGCACUGAUAUAUGUUAAGAUAUGUCAAUUUAUGAAUAUCAGCUGACGUCCCUCACAUCUCAAACUUGUCUUCCGCCAUUUUAAGUACCUGAAGUGGUCGCAAAAGAACUAGAAGCUAUGCCUCCAAUAUGUUGUGAGCAUCAAAAUCGCUAUUUUUACACCACUAAGAAGGCUCGACACAACAUGAUACUUUGCUGGAAGUAUCACAUGAGUCUCUACACGUGAACUCGAGCAUUGAGAACAUUGUUUGUGUACACAGAGUUUAUUAAAAAGAAGGUUUUGAACAACUGACUUCGGUUGUUUUGCCAGUCAAGAUAUAUCGAUCUCCGAAUGCGACAUAUGGAGGAAGGAGAGUAAAGAUGGAUAACUCCUAAAGUAUAGCUCCAUAUAAAUGCAUGGAUAAUUUGUUGUUUUGUCGCAAGUGAAAAACAAUAUUGACCUUCUAGUUAAAAAAAGGAGCCUCGUAUGAGAUUCAUUCAUUCGCAUUCGGAAAUCAAUUCUUUAUGUCUGGCAAAGACGGUGAGCGGACACCAUAACAGCCAAAGUCAGUUGUUCAAAACCUUUCUUUUUAGUAAACUCUGUGUACACAAACAAUGUUCUCAAUGCUCGCGUUCAUGUGUAGAGAUCCAAGUGAUAUUUCGAACAAAGUUUCAUGUUGUGUCGCGCUUUCUUAGUGGUGUAAAAAUAGUGGUAGUUCGGUAGCAGCGGACAGCGGCUGGAAGAACGCAUCAGGGAUCGAGUAGGCAUCACACCCUAACCAAGAUAUUUUUUUAAAGUAGUGUUUCUUUUCAUGACAGUCGAGGUGCGUAAUGUUGUCUUUCGUAGCCAUUUCCCGUAUCCGUAAAAAUGAAAGACAGUAAAAGAUAAGAAAUCCGUAAAUCGUAGCAAGCUAGCCAAUGCUUGUCAGUAACCUACUGGUACUUGGUAGGUACUCAAGAUGGCGGCAGGCAACUGGAAUGACGUAAAAGGUCACAUGACUGAUAUUCAUGAAUACAAGAUGUUUCGAAAUUAAGGCAGCUAAAACAUGCAUUUUAGUCUGGGACUAGGAAUAAGCCCUGUUCGGGAAACCGGCCCUAAAUUAUUUUGCACUUAAUUUGCUAAUUUGAUACCUUGACAUACAACUGACAUGAAAUACUGUUAGAGAGUUACUUCUGGAAAUCAAGGCUAUUGAAAGUAAUCCAGUUCUACUUUGACUCCCUAUGUGUUUUUAUCCAUUCUGCUUAAACAUGGGAGUGUCAAACAACAUUCCAUUAACUUACAGAAAUUAAUUUAUUCUCUUUACCUGUUGUGUUAACUUUUUCUUCAAAAACCCAAAUUGGGUUGUGUAUUUCAGGUCCUAUUUUUCAGGUGUCAUCAUAAAUAUUGACAACCAGAGUCCGAUGGAAGAUCAUUGUAACUUCACCUCAGUCUCAAUGUAUUCUGUGAAUACCCUUAAAAUCAACACUGUUCGUUUGAAGAUGAAAACUAUUAAGUAGAUUUGUCAAGCUUACACUGUGCCACAGAUGGGAAGAUGACAAGCUGUGAAAAGAGAAAUCCCUUUUUUUGAUGUUUUUUCAUCCUUUGUACAGCAUGCAAUAACACACUAGAACAGAUAUCUUCACAUAAAAAUUGUAUUUUCAUUUUCACUUUGUUGAGUAUGUGUUCAGUAAAUGUACAAAAGGUGUAGGAUUUGUUAAAGUUUGCGGUUUUACAUCACUGUAUACACAGUUUGAGCUUUAUCCCUAAAGUGGAUGAAUUGGACAAUCUUUAUGUAAUGAUUUAGUGAGUUUGUGUGAACGAGAAGUGCUUGGGGCCAUUUUAUAGACAGAUAUAUUUAAAAGAUGAUAUAAUUAGGGAAUAAUAUACAGUGAAUACUAUUUAAUAACACAAUCUCUGGGAUAUAGAUAAAGAAAAAGGUGAAGUUCAUGCUCAUCUGUAUAUACAUGGAUGUUUCAUAUAUAUUUCCGGCAUUGUUGUUGGUUUGUCAUAUGUACUGUAUGUUUAAGGGGUAUGAAAAUGUAAUUAUUUUUAUUGUUUUAUUUCCGAAUAUUCUGAGACCUCAACUGAUUUAGUUUGGGGCAGCAACGCACCCGAGCCACGUCUAUUCUGUUCUUUUUGUUUGUUUUUUAAUACAACCCCGUCUGAUGGUUGUUAGCUUUGCAUACUUUUGAAAGUACAGACUUUCCUUUUUUUCUUGUGUCCAUGUAUUAAAACUAAAUCUAUGAAAUCAUCUUUUAGAUUGCAACAUUUAAUAGAAAAAAAAUAUUUUUAAUUAAGGGAUAUUUUAUCCAGAGAAUUAUUUUGUUAAUAAUAAAUUUGGAAAAGAACAAUGAUAAAGCUUUAUUUAAAUAAAAUAAGAAAAUGUACUAUUUCAUAGCAGGGGUGUAUCGGCCAAUGAUGAAGAUACUAAACUUGUAAACAUUUCUAAUUCGCUGUAAACUUGCAUUCUUGACAAAUAAGCUGUAUAUGUUAAACAAUUAUAUUUAAAUAUUUUGGUGCUUUAAAUUAUAUAGCUACCCAGGCCAUAUUCUUGCCAUCCGAAAAAAAAAGGUUAUUACCGUCAAGAGGUUUUCUUUUGAUAUUUUUCUCUGGAAAAUUCAAAUAUGUAGCAACGUGUUCAUGACACACUACAGUAGCCACAUUUGCAGUGUCACAUGAUGUUAGUGAAGCUGAAAAGACAAUUUAGGCCUUACCUGCACUCUUAAAAAUGCUAGGUUAUUUUUAACCCAGCAUUGGGUCAAAACGGUAUGAACUUACCCGUUGGGUUGUAAUUAUAUCUAUCCAGGGUUGUUUUAAACCAAUGUUGGGUGAAAUGUACAUAUUUUCUGGGUUAAUUUAACCCAACGGCUGUCCCUAUUUGACCCAACACGGGGUUAAAAAUAACCCAGCAUUUUUUUUAGAGUGUGCAUCUUAUACAUUUUGUUAUCUCUGUCAUAGUUCAUUUACCUCAACCAAGCUUUGGACUGUUUUAAAGGUACUUUUUCUUCAGUAAUCAUAUCAGUCACUACAGAAUGAAAGAAAAAUGAAAUGACACAUUAAAAAAGCAAAGACAUUAUUAUUUUAUUGUUUUCUUUCCUUUGUUGUAACUGAAGUAUAAUAAUAGAUCAUUACCUUCUAUUAAUAAUUUUUCUAGACACACUGUUGCCGAAUUACUCUGUAUUCAUGGAGAAGCACAGCCUGCUUUUGCCAAAGGGUUUCAGAUGUGUCCUGGUAUGAAAUAAAUACAAAUUGUAAUAAGUUAAUGGAUGAACAAAUAAAAAUGUAUUUGAAUAAGAUGCAUCUCGUUCAGUUACAAUAAACAGGAAACAAAUCUCACUCAGCAUACAAGUUCCACUUCAAGAGAUUUGAAUCCGUUUUGUAUUUUUGUAUAAACUUGUACAUACGAAAUUUCUAAAGUUAAAAGACGAAACUGUUUCAUUUUGUAAAAUGUUUUAAAAGUUUACAUUUAAUUCCAAGCCUUUGUAUAUUUUUGAGCUGUGCAACACUUUCAGUCCUGUAUUUAUUUUUUAGUAAACAUUGUGGGAAUUCCAUUGUAAAUUUGAACCAUUUCUUGCCAGCUCACGUGGCUGCUUAGUAACUGUGCAUAGAGAAAGCCAAUAAAUGUGACUGCAUUGAAAAAACGA